UCCCGCCGGCCCCUCCGCAGCGCUACCCUGCCCGCCCCGCCGCCUCUCCGCCUCCUGCGUGCCGCCGACAUGGCGGAGCUGGAGGUGGGGCAGCACUGCGGCGUGCCCGAGUGCCGCCAGCUCGAUUUUCUUCCCUUUGUAUGUGAUGGCUGUUCAGGCAUCUUUUGCCUUCAGCACAGGAGCCGGGAUGCUCAUGGGUGUUCUGAGGUGAAUAUAAGAAACAGUUCUGUGAAACCUGAUCAGCACAGAUCUUACCCAUGCUCAUACAAGGACUGCAAUGGAAAGGAGCUUUUGCCAGUGUUGUGUCCUUACUGUGAAAAACAUUUUUGUCUCAGACAUCGUCAUCAAUCAGACCAUGAAUGUGAGAAGCUGGACACACCGAAACCUCGAAUGGCUGCCACCCAGCAGCUUGUUCAACAUAUUAUAGAUUCUAAAAAGAGUGACGAAGUGAAAAGCAAAAAACGUAAAGGAGCAAAAAACAGUGAGACAGCAGCAAAAGUGGCAUUAAUGAAACUGAAAAUGCACGCAUGUGGGGACAAGUCCUUGCCUCAGACAGAAAGAAUUUACUUUCAAGUAUUUUUACCAAAAGGGAGCAAAGAGAAAAGCAAACCCAUGUUCUUUUGCAGUAAGUGGAGUAUUGGCAAAGUAGUAGAUUUUGCAGCUUCCUUAGCAAGCCUUAAAAAUGACAACAACAAAUCAACGUCCCAGAAACUGAGAUUAUGCCAUACUGCCUCUGGAGAAGCCUUGCCAUUUGAGCACACACUGGAAACAUGGCUAUCUGAUAAGGACUAUCCACUGUACAAUGGAGGGAAUAUAAUUCUGGAGUAUCUUGAUAAUGAUGUUCUAUUUAUAGAAGAUACAGAAUCCUACUUUAGUUAGUCAAUAAAUUUUUACAAAAAUAAAAAAAUCCAGUAUUUUUUAGAAGCAUGGUAUUAAAAAGCAAGUCCAGUGUUCUUUUAAAAUCAUUGGUAUGCCAGAAUCUGUCUUCCAUUGUAAAGACACAAUUUCCAUCAGUUUCUCAGUUGCUUGACUGACAGAAGAACUAUGUCCUGAAAGGAAAAGUAUAAUAACUAAUAUUACAGGUAUUCACAUUCUAGAAUAAAUUCUUGCUCUAUUGAACUGUAUAAUAUCAAUAUUUUUUUCUUAAAUUUGGUAUUUAUUUUUGUGUAAGUGGCGGGGACAGUAUGUCUUAAUAAAUAAUGAGAAUGUAAACUUGAAGUAUGACAGUUUUCUGAAGGAAAAAAACAUACUAUGCUAAUGCAGCAUCUUUUCUACAUCUACACAAACAGAUUUGAUUGCAUUUGGAAACUGGCACUGUCCAUGCACCAGGUUCACAUUUUUUUCUUAAUGAUAUUUAGGAAGAAAGCUUUAUGAAACAAAAGUAAAUUCACUCAGGUGUCUUCCUGAUUGUAAAUCUUUUUGUGUGAUUGAGGGAUAAAAGAGCUCGGUAAGCCUGUCACUUAUUUUGCUUCUCAGUGCUCUUUACUGUAGUUUUAACAUGACUUAGGUGUGAAUAAAUUGCUUUACUGGAUGUCAGACGAAGGUGAUUUUGGUUUCCAUGAAGGAAAGGGUUGUCAGAGGCUGGUUAUUUUGGAAAUCUUUGUCUCCAGACAAAGAUUUGACUUUGUCAGUGGAAAGUACAGGAGCAUUUUUCUGCUUUCCCCUGCCUGUCUCUCCAGUUAUCUUGCUUUCCAGUACAAGAGGAACAGUUCCCUUUUCCCUUGUUACUUAUUUUCCUCCUUUUAAUCUGCAAUUGUCUAUUCAUCUCUCGUUUUAUCUUAGGCUGCUGUGGUACAGAAUAUGCAGUAAGAGCCCAACCAGCAUUGUGGAACCAGUGAGCUGGGAAGAGCCCUAAACAGAACUUUUUCCCCACCCUGUUGCUACAAAAGCAAGUGAAAAAUACUUUUGUGCAACAGAGUAAUUUCCCUUUUUAUUUAGCAGAAAAUCUUCUGCUAAAUCUUCAAGAGUUUUCCACUUACACCCUUCCUUCUGCUCCUGAUUUUUCUGCCUUGGCAUUUGCAGGCAAAACAAUUGAAAUAACACUUGUUUGUGGAUGAAGAGAAGAUAGACUUGGGAUGCAGGAAGUCGAUCUUUGGGGAGACCUCAGAGGUUGUACCAGCAUGGUUGCUUUCAUCAAUUGCCAGUAAUGGCUAAGGUCUGUCAGCCUGUAAAUGACAGUACAAACAUGGCAAGUCACAGUUGAUAAGACUCCAAAAAGUUUUCACUAUCAUCUUAUUCCAGGAAUGUGUAUAGGAUUGUACACAGAAGCACAUUCGAGGUAGUUUUCAGAAACUAAGAAGCAAAACCAAAUUAGUCUGACAAAUAAUUGAGAAGAGACGAAAACUCCACCCUAAGCAAUGGUACUAGGAACAAAAGCAGAAACUUUUCCAUACCUCUAGGACCUUGCCUAGUUUAGAACUGUUCUCAUUUUACCUGUUUAGAUUCCAAUCUACCUUUACUUAGCGUUUUGUUUUUUUAAACUCAUUAUCUUAGCACAUUUUCAUACAGAAAGUUCAACAACUACAUUUGAAAAAAAAGACCAAAAUACUUCAGAGGAAUCAGUUCUCAAUUGAAGCCACUGUUGAUUUUACAGGUCUGUGCUUAGAAGGUGCUGAAUUUUUUCACUUCUGAAUUAAAAAACAGAACUUUAACUUCUAGUAGAAGCCAAAAAAAUGUAUGUAAAGAAACAUAUGUAAAGUUAUGCAAGCAAGAAAAGGAAUUUAUCAAAAGAAAUACUUCCUGAUUUUACAACAAACAUGCUUUCAGCCAAACUACAAAAAUAGGUGAAUAUCAAGCAUUUUAGUUGUUCUAGCUGUAAUUUUAGAGAAUGCACAUGGUCAAGGAUUUAUAAACGCUUUAUGAGAUGCUGCGGUAGCAGCUCCUGGCCUUGUUCCAGUUCAAACAUUGCUGCAAGGUUUCCUGGCAUGUGUUUGUAAUAUAUGCAACAGUUUGGAAAAGGUUGUAUUAACACCAAGAGUUCGAUUCUGCUUGGAUCGUGACCUGUUAGAUUGGCUGGGCAAUGCUGUUCUAAACAAGAAAUAAUAUAUCACACUAAGAAAGCAGGCAGUAAUCUCUCAUACUUUUAUUUUCUCAAUUUUCUGUGUCUGUUCUGGAAAAGUGUGCACCCUGGGGUGUGAUCAGUCUGGUCUGCAGACUUUUUUUUAUCAAUACAUCACCUCCAUUCAUCCAGUUUAUCAGGUGACACAUAAAUAUACCUUGCAGCUUAGUUUUCCUCCUAGUAGCCCCAUAUAUAAAAUACAAAAUUUCAUUUCAGCUGGAAUAGAAAUUGUGGUUUGGAUUUGGAAAAUUCUUAUACUUGUUAGGAGAGAACUUCAGGCAUUCCUGUUUUACUUCUGCUGAUUUUAAGGUGAAUGCAGAAUUUGGAAUCUGUAAAACCCUUGCUGUAAUCUUAAGUAUACAUUAAUGAUGUCAAAAAGCCAUUUUUCAUAACACUCAUGCAGUCCUGUAUAGAUUGUACUGAGGCAUGUACAGCUGCUUGCCUCAACAAAAACUGAAUCUGAGCCAAAGUGCCUCUUUCAGUGGUCUGUGUGCUUUUGGUGUAACCUUGUAAAGAACGAUUUGCAAAAUAAUCAAUAAAAACACAACUUA